AUGUCUGGCGCAAGUACAAAUGAAGCGAACGGCGAUCCCCAUCGACACACAUGUCUCGUCCCCUAUGUGGACCCUGACACGGCACCUCCAGAUAUCCAAGCAAAACUCAAAGUGCUACCAUUUCGACGCAAUAUUCUCCUAACGUUAGCCCAUUCUCAUGGACUUUUCCCUCAUUUCAGCGGUCUACUGGGUGCUUGUUUCGACGGCAACCAGCGCAGUAUUCCCGUCCAUGAGUGGCAGUUGAUAGUACUACGGGUCGGUACUGUUACCAAGGCGAAGUAUGAGAUUAAUGUUAACAAGCCUGUGGCUGAGGUAUUUGGCUUUCCUCAAGAAAAGUUCAACGCUAUUGGAUGCUCUAUCGAAGAUGUGAUGGAAGGUCGGGGGCCAUGGAGUGAUCGAGAUCGGGUAAUUCUCCGCCUCAUUGAAGAACAGUUGAGCACUUACGAUAAUAAGCCGGAAACAGUCAAGGAUGCUUUGAGAUUGUUGUCCGUUGGGGAUGUGGUAGAGGUCCUAAUGAUUAUUGGUGUGUACGCUUUGCUGGCCCGAGUGAUAAAUGGUCUCAAAGUCGACGAAGACGAGCCGAUUCCCGAUUUGAAGGAAAAAAUCAAGACUGCGAUCAGCGGAUGA